AUGAACAACUACUCUUAUUCAGCCCUGGCCAGUGUGGACCACCACAAUCGGUGCUGCGGUAACCGCGCCUGGUGCGUGAAGGACAUCUGCGGCAUUGUCUGUGUCAUCAUGACUUGGCUGCUCAUCCUCUUUGCCGAGUUUGUGGUCAUGCGCCUUAUUCUGAUGCCCAGCGACUACACAGUUUUCAGUACUAUUAACAUGAUUAUAUUCCAAGCGCUGGCGUUCCUAGCAUUUGCCUCCCACAUACGCACCAUGCUCUCGGAUCCGGGCGCUGUGCCUAGGGGAAAUGCCACCAAAGAAAUGAUCGAGCAGAUGGGCUACCGGGAGGGUCAGAUGUUUUACAAGUGCCCCAAGUGCUGUAGCAUCAAACCGGAGCGUGCCCACCACUGCUCCGUCUGCCAACGAUGUAUUCGGAAAAUGGAUCACCAUUGUCCUUGGGUCAACAAUUGCGUAGGCGAGAACAAUCAAAAGUACUUUGUACUCUUCACCUUCUACAUUGCCUCGAUAUCGCUGCAUACGCUCUUUCUAGUGCUCACGCAGUUCGCGGAGUGCGUAAAGAACGAUUGGCGCACAUGCUCGCCGUACUCUCCGCCAUCCACAAUAUUCCUGCUGCUCUUUCUCACGUUCGAGGGCCUGAUGUUUGGCAUAUUCACCAUCAUAAUGCUGGCCACUCAGCUGACGGCCAUAUUCAACGAUCAGACGGGAAUCGAGCAACUGAAGAAGGAGGAGGCCCGAUGGGCAAAGAAGUCGCGUCUCAAGAGCAUUCAAUCGGUUUUUGGGCGAUUCUCGCUUGCGUGGUUUUCGCCCUUUACGGAGCCCUCGUGUCGCACCAAAUUCCAUACCCAUUUUUAUUCGGUCUGAGGCGGGAUUCCGGAUCCACUCCGGACAAUACCGACAUUGGGGUAGCUUUAUCGAACAACUAAACGUACAAGGGGGCAACAAGUAGCCGCCACUUGUUGAAAUGCUCCGUGCAGUUUUUGUAUUUUUCUUAUGUUCUUUUCAUCGAUUGAUCGAUCGAUCGAUUUGUGUCUUACCUUAAGCAAAAUGAUUGCCUUAGCGCCUGGUCGAGUGCUGCAUGUAUUGUACUUACUAUACACCUGAGCAAAAAAACAAAAAACAGAGAUCAGUACUCUAAGCAAUGUAUUUAUUUUAUACCUAAUGGGAGACGAGACAGUGUGCGACCAGAAAUAAAAGUUUGAAAAAACA